AUGUACAAUCUAGCUGAGAUAAUUAAAUUUGUUCUGAUAGUUACUCAAAAACUUCCAAAGGUACAUGAACAUCUUGAACUUGAGACUUAAGCUUAUCUAUUUCUUGCAAACCAUUUACUAAACCUUGACUGAAACAUAAAAGUAUAAAAAUAAGGAAAUUUAUGUUGCAGCAUAUACAUACUUGGAACAAUAUAUGUAUACUAAUACUGACUUAAAUUUUUACACUUUUAAUAUAAAAUUUUUUUACAAAUAAUAAAACUUUCAAAUGAUUUAUCUUUUUUCCAAUUAUUAAAUAUAUUUAUUUGGUUAAUCUAACGAUAUUGAAUAUCUAACGAAAAGAAUAAUAAAAGACUAUUAUAUGUAUAAUACUCACAUUUUUUGAUUCAGUACAUUUUGUCCUUGUGGUUGAAAAUCACUUACUAUAAUACGUAUUUGCCUAACAUUUUCAAUAAAAAGCUCCAAUUGAGUUUCCAAAUUUUCUAACGCAGACGCCAUAUUUCAUACUUCUUGUACAUCUAUACUUCGUCUGUAAUGAAUAUUAAUAUUACCUGUUCUGUCAGUAAGCAGAUGCAAGUAUGCCAACACCAGUGCUGCCAAUCGUUCUUAGUUUUUAAUAAACACUAAUUUGUUUUCCCUCUAUUAUUCUUUAUUUUAUUACGUUAUUUUCUAUUAUAUAUUGGUGUUCUCGUAUAGAUAUAUACAAACAUAUAUCACAUAAGCAUAUGAGUAUGCGCAUGCGCAUAUUGUAUUUUUAUGCAUUGAGUAUACGUAUAUAUAAAAAUAGAAAUCUGUCAUACACAAAUUGUACUGUGAAUUUUAAUCACAGUUGCUUGCAUCUUAUUACGUGCAUAAUAUAUAUAUACAUAUAUACACAACUACAAAAUUGAGUUUCAAAUUGUACAAGGAUAAGUUUCAUAGUUUUCAAAUCUUUGUUAAAUAACAUUACUACAUAAAAAAAAUUUUAAAAAUAAAAGAUUGAAAGGAUAACAUACAAAUAAAUAAAUAAAUAAUGAAAAAAAUAAUUUAGUUAAAUUUAUUUUAUAAUCGAUGACUAUUUAAUAAAGCUAGUUAUUGUAAUAAUUCUACGUUAUUGUAUAUACGUAUAUAAAAUACUAAAAUAUAUUUUUAUUUUUAGAAUAACAUGACACUAAAACACAUAGUUAUAGGCAAGUUUAUUCUUUCAUUCAACAAACUUAAGAUAAAUUUUCGAAAUCACAUCAAUUAAUAGGUUGCACUAUGGUUGAGAUUAUGUAAUUCUCCCAGGUGGUGGUACAGGUUUUAUUGGGACACAAAUAGUAAAUUUGUUAUCUCAUAAAGGUUUUUCUUAUACAUGUAUUUCUCGUAUGCCUGGCCCUAAUCGAAUUUCAUGGGUAAGACAAAUUAAAUAAUACAAUUAUGCUAUAUAAUAUUACUAAUUUCAUAUUGUAAUAAAAAAUUUAUAGCAUGAUUUGGAAUGUUAUGGUUUACCUGAAAAUACAACUGCUGUAAUUAAUGUUGCUGGUCAGAACAUACUUGAUCCAAAACAACGAUGGUCAGAAGGAUUUAAACAAAAUGUUAUAAAUAGCCGAGUAGAAACAACAAAAUCUUUAGCCAAAGCUAUAAUAUAUACAAAAGCUAAUGCUUUUGUAACAAUCUCUGGAGUGUCUUAUUAUAAACCAAAUGACAAAGAAUAUACUGAAGAAAGUAAAUGUGAAAAAUAUGAUUUUCUAUCAGAGCUCUGUCAUGAAUGGGAAGCAGCUGCGCAACUUCCAAAAGAUAGUAAUAUCAGACAGAUCACAAUUAGGUCAGGAGUUGUAUUGGGAAAAACUGGUGGUAUGAUUAAACAAAUAUAUUUGCCAUUUUUCUUUGGCUUGGGUGGUCCUAUUGCUAAUGGAAAUCAAUAUAUGCCAUGGAUACAUAUAUCAGAUUUAGUAAAUUUAUUUUUAUUUUCAAUUGAAAACAAAACUGUGCAUGGUAUAUUGAAUGGUGUUGCCCCACAGAUUAUAACAAAUAAAGAAUUUACUAAGGCAUUUGCAUCUGUGAUGCAAAGGCCUGCAUUUAUUCCUGUACCACGCAUUUUUUUGAAUAGCAUUUUCAAUAAAGAACGUGCGAAGGUUAGUACACAAUAUAUAUUUUGUUAUAUUCUGUUGCAAUUAAUGAUUAUAUCAAUUUGGUUUUAGAUUAUGUUAGAAGGACAGAAAGUUAUUCCUAAACGUGUCAAAGAAUUAGGAUUUCAAUACCAAUAUGUUGAUAUUAAUUGUGCUUGUGCUGAAGUAAUUGGCAAAAAUAAAUAAUUAUAAAUUAAGAGUAAAGGAUUAAAUGAAAUAAUAUAUAUUUAUAUUUUAAAAUUAAUAUUGAUUCUUGAUUGCAUUAAUUUUUAUAAUAUAUUAAUUUAUGUAUAUUUAUGAUCAUAUAUCAUGUAUAAAAAACAAUAAUUUAUUUCUUAAUUUUCCAAUUUUUUUUUUUUUGUGUAAAAUUGCCUAUAUUGAAUUUUUUCUCUUUUUCUAACGAGGAAAGAAAUUAAUAGUAAUGGAAAUCCUAAUACAUUUAUUAACAUAGAGUUUCAUUUAUUUCGUAUCUUCCAAACAUGUAUAUUCAAAACAUUUUAUUUAUAUCAAAUAAAAUUAUAAUUAAAUUUUACAUUAAGUAUCAGAUAUAUUAUAAAUUUUAA